AUGCUAGUAGUACAAAGGAGACAGGUGGCGGUCCAGAGCCUCCGGCUGGAGUAUCUGCAGAUCCUGCCGGUCUGCUGCGCCUACACCACUGCCUGCAUCCUCACCACCACCGCUGUGUUGGAAUUGAUCACACCUUUUCAGUUGUACUUCAAUCCUGAAUUAGUCUUUAAAUAUUUCCAGGUAUUGCAGUUAGACACACAUAUUUCUUUUUUUUGGAAGAUGUAUUCCCCAAACAGCCUGGUGGAAUAAGAAUUCUGAAAACACCAUCUAUUAUGAAGGCUAUUUUUGAUACACCAGAUGAGGAUCCAAAUUAUAAUCCACUGCCUGAAGAACGGCCAGGAGGCUUCGCUUGGAGUCAGGG